UUCUUAUUUCAUUCAAAAUUUUUCCAUCCAACUUGUGUUUCAUUGUUUCGUCGUCAAAAUUUGCUUCGUAUUUAAAUUUUAGUUAUUCCAAAAUGAGUUCUGAGAAACAACAACACGUUCAAUCUAAAAAGGUGAAGAGUACUUCCUCUAAAAUUGCGGCUUCUAAAAAGAAGGCUUCUCCUAGAAGUAUAGUCGAUAAAUACUUAGAUAAGAGGAAAGUACCGAAGUGGUUUCGUGGGUAUUCAACCUUUCAGAUAAAGGCUGCAGAGGAACUCCAGCAUGCAAUACGCGAUGACAUUGAACAGAAUACGACAUUACGUGUUCGUCAAUGCUUGCAAGCUUUGGGAAUUGAGCCUAUUGGAUCUACAAAGGAUUUAAAAUUUUUGAUGAAAUUAAGUGGUGGAAAUGAUUUGGCGUUCUUGUGGUUUCUUAUGGAAAUGCAUUAUAAAACGCAUGGGGAGCGAUAUUCGCUAAAUGAACAACUAAUUAUGUCUACGAUUGCGCACUUGGAUAUGGUAUUUACAUUACGUGGGUUGGAUAAGAUUUUACCACCCGGUCAUUUGAAUAAAGCGGAUCUUAAAAAACAAGAAAUGCUUAAACGUAAAAAAGAAGAAGCGAGGUUGAGAAGAGAGAAUAGAGAAGAGGUUAUAAAGCACGAAAUACCAUAUUUUAAUGAAUUGGUACGACCAAAACUUUAUGGUAAGUCCUUAAUUGCACAUCACCCAAGUUAUCAGGUUCAAUUCCGUUUAUACAAUGUUUACACGGACCCCAAUUAUGUAUGUCCAAAUGGCGAUAAUCGGUGGUUCUCAUUUUAUGACUGUUCAGUUGGAAGACGUGUUUCACAUCAAGUAGUAAACGAAAUUAUAGAUGAAAUGUUUGCAGACUUGGAUUUAGCAAGAGCUAAGGCCGAUAAAAUCAGAGUAGUCUGUCAAUAUCAUAAAAGACAAGAAUAUAAAGAAUUUAUAAAAAAGGGUAAAUUGAGACUUGCACGAAGAUUUAAAAUUUUAGAUAUGGCAGAUAUCGAUCGCUACCAAAAAGAGAAGCGUAGAGAAAGAAUUUUGAAAGAAAUUGAUGAAGAAGUUGGUCGUUGCAUAUGUAAAAACAAAGAGAAGCCCCCAUUCGGACUGAAGUGUCAAGCUAAAAGAACCGUGUCCACAUGUGAUUUUGAUUUUAUUGUAGAAAACGUGGAAGACAUUAGUACUUCUGCCUGCACUUGCGAGGAGGUAAUCGAAGAAGCUUCAGAUACAGAUACUGAGAGUGAUUCUUCUGAUUCUGAGUCGUCUUCAGACAGUGAUAUUCGUAAAAAAGGAAAACGCAAAGCCGGUGGAGGCGAGCUUUCCAUUAACCAGCAAAAACAACAAACAGAUGUUUUAUGUGGACAUGAAGCCACUUCACCAGUAUUAAGUAACGGUGGUGAUUUUUCUGUUGAAUGCUAUCAACAUUAUGAAGAAAAUCUCCAAUCAGAAGAUUUCUCAGCACGACUAAGUGGCGGGGGUGGUCCUGCAGGUGAUUACCGUAAUUACGAUAAAACAAAUAAAAAAUCCCGAAGUGAUGACAUGCGGUUACAUGGUGGAGGCAGCGGUACAGAGAAGUGCAAAGGAAGUGCGAGGGAUAAGAAAUCAAUUUGCGGCUGUUGUCAAUCAAAUAGUGAUGCAAUGAGUGGUGGAGGUAGAAGUCAAUUGGAUGAUAAUACGACUGCAUUUUUCGAUCGGUAUUUUCAAAAACGAUUAAGCAGCUGCCUAGAAGCUCAGGGUAUAAAGGUAACAGGAAGAUAUUCACAAAAAAAUAUCGCUUUGUCUGAAAAGAGACAUUUGAAAAGAAAAAAAUUAUCUAGUGUAGAAACUGGUACUGGUGAAAAUACUGUUGAAGAUGAAUUUUGGGAUGAGGAUAUUGAAGAUGAGCCAUCCUAUCAUGAUAUCUGCUCAUCAGGGCAAAUAAGCUUUGACUCUCCCUCAGAAUUAGCAUUUUAUGAGAGAUUUAAGAAACCAGUAGAGGUAUACGAUCCAGGUGCUAUAGAUGAAUAUUUUGACUGUAAGGAAAAGGAACUUUACGAUUUAUUAAGCUUUAAACAUGAAAUGCCAACACAGAAAAAGGACAAGUAUUGUAUAAAAAAAGAAUGGAAACCAUGUAAGAAUCUUGAUGAUAUACAUCCAAGCUGUGAACCAAAAUUUUCUUCAAAGAGAGCAGUGAAAAAAACGUUGCCUCCAUCAUCAGAAGUAACAGAUUUAUCCAGUUCGAGCAAGGCAUCAUGUAUGCGGGCAGGAUUAAAACAUAGCUUGGACUUUGUACAUCUUUUAGAUGGUCCAGUAAAACUUAAAAGUCCUUUUCAUUCGUCUCAAAAAUCGGUAUCAACCGAUAAUUAUGUAAGAAAUAAACAUCCCGUACCGUGUUCUAUGCAAUGUGGCGAAAAACAUACCAAUAAGUAUUUUACCGCACCAAGACCUCAUUGGCCACACAAUUUUAAUUAUUUUGAAAUUUUCAAACUGGACAAAUUAUCCCUUGAAGAAAAGGAAAAAGCUAAAAGAAAAGGAGAUGACAUUUACGAACAAAAAAGUGAACCGGAUAUAAGGAAAAUGAUAGUCGAUGAUCUUCGCAGAAAACAAAAGAAACUUUAUAAUUUAGAUUACAUAUUUCAAUGUAAAAGCGACGAAGAAUGCGUUAGCGCCAAGGACCUUGAAGGCAGUGAACUCCAGUACCCACUAAAUUUGGGUGAAAUUGCGCACAAGUGCGCAGAUAGAAUCUGGCAAAAUCAGGUUGACCAAUAUUCCGAAUCACAGGAAUUUGUAUAUUCUGAUUAUGAUUCUCCAUUAGCUAAAAAAUAUCCCAAAAAAUUUUAUGAUUGCAGUGAUAAGAAACUAAUGAUACAGAUGUUAAAGGAUGCAUUCGAGUACUUGUCUCAAGAUCAUCGAUAUGUUCUAGCUGGAAUGCCAGAUUCGCAUAACUUUCCGUUUCUAUUGGAAUGGAUACAAAGACGUUAUGGUAAAGUAUAUUUCCCAGAGGACCGCAGGAACUCAUAUCGUAAUACACUACAACUAUUCAAUGCUCUGGACAAAGCUCCAAUUACCGUCAUUUUGCCGAGUGUAAAAGAUAUUGGAACGCAAUCGUUUGUAUCCUAUGAUUGUCGAGACUAUUUGUUGAGAAAGACCAAACAAAUCAAGCAGAAAUUCUACGAUCAUUUGGAUUCAGUUAUCAUGGAACAUGCCCGCAUAUUCUGGUAUGCCAUUCGCCCAUUUUUGUGCCCAAAUGGACCCCCAAGGAAUACAUACUUUGCUUAUAUGCCAUCAAAAUUGAAAGAUAUUACACGUCUAAGACCAUGGAGAUCAUCUGAAUAUAAUGAUUGUAAGGCUGCUAGGGAAAGAUAUCGACUUAGGAACGAUAUAUAGGACUUAGGAAUAAUUAUUUGGUUUAUAAAAUUUUUGAUAAUUACAAAAUAGUUACAAAAUUAAAUGUAAAAAAAAAUUAUCCUGGACUUACCAGUUUUAAUAAAGUGAAAUCAAUUUAAUGUAA